GCUGAAAGAGGCCCAGCUGUCAGUGAAGAAGAUUACAGCAGACAAGAAGGUGGAGACUAGGAAGACCAACCCUAACAGUCUGAAAGACAGGCUACGCCAGAAGGAAGCUAACAUGGUGGCCACAAGCUGAGAGACAGAACAGGAGAGAGAAGAAAUUCAUGAGAAAACUGACGAGUUGGUUUGUGAGGUAAGUGGGGACUUCUCCCACCCCUUUAGCCACCCACACAGGGUGAUCAGGAUCACACCAGUCUCUGUUCCUGCCCACCCUCUUAUACACCAAGCCUGGAACACUGCCAUCUGACCCCUGCUGGAGACUAGAGGAAACCCCACAUACUAUGGUUCUCAGGUCACGAAGCUGCAGAUGGAUUCACUGACCAACAGGGUACUACUGGCAAUAGGGGGAUCAUGACUAUUUUCUUGUUUAUUUUUUAUGGGAGUAAUGUAUAUUCAUUUAAAAUGUGGUGGGUUCUCCACCUCAUCCUAAGGACAUUCAUGUGUAAAAAAUAAUACAUGUUUUUCAGUCAAAUAUCUGGUCAAAUGAAACAAGACAGUGUGUCUAGAUUGUAUGGGAAACAUUUUCUCGUGUAGAUUUGUUUAUGUUUGUUUUCUGUUUCGUGUUUUUCACCUUACAUUUCCACUGUCAAUCAUUAUAUCAAUGUAGAUAUCAAUCAUCUAUGUAUCUUGCCAUCAGUCUCUGUUAUUACAACUUCCCAGCAACCCCAAAACAGUUCGACAAGGUGUACAAAUACCAGUUUAUU